CUGACAUCAGUCGCAGGCCCUGCGCCAUCGCGAACACAAACAAAGGCGCCCCAGGAGAAGACAGCAAGAAGACAAGAAGGGUGCGUGUGUGGUGUUGUAAGAUCCCGUGAUGAUGAGCCACGACUCAGCAGUGGCGCCGCCGACGCCGACAGCGGAUGCUUUUGGAGGGCCUUGCCGCGAUCACAGCACCAUGGGUAGCGCAAGGAGGCGUAGCCGCGAGGGUGCUGGGUGCCCCGUGUGCAGGAUGGCUGCCACUCAAUCGCAAAUCAGCAGCGGCUGUGCACCCGACUCGCGCGGACGAAGAAGAAUACGGCACAGCAACACAAACAGGACAUGUGGUGCACAGCUUGAGGGGAAUGUUGUCAAUGCAGCUAGGGAUCCGGAUGUGGAUGGAGAUGAGUCGCCUCUGGCAAUGAAAUCGUGGCCAUCGUCGACAGCUCAAAAGCACUGCCGCAAACACCGCCUUGAACGCGCUUCACGAAAAGCGCUGGGCUACUGCGUUGUGUUUGCGUGUGUGUUUGUUGGCCUGCUUGUGCUCAGCACGGUGACGAACCGCGUUCAGCAAGGCCAGUCCACCGCGCGUGUAGCGCGAUCCCUGGACAAUGGCACGCUUUCACUCUGGCUCACAGAUGACAUUCCUCCAGCUCUCGAGAACGCCACUUGUGGCAACUUCCACGCGCACAACGACACUUGCUAUUUUGUGAAGCAUGCGCCUGAUUGCGCGGUUGAUGGCGGCUUCAUCAACUACCUCGAGCUCCCAUACUGCAUCUUCAACACGGAGCCACCAGCAAUCGUCCUCUUGCUGCUUUGGCUCGUGUUCCUCUUCAUCGCUCUCGGUGUCACUGCCGAAGACUACUUCUGCCCUGCGCUGAGCGUCAUCUCAGACACGCUCAAGCUGAGUCACAACGUCGCUGGCGUGACCUUCCUGGCGUUUGGAAACGGCGCACCGGACAUUUUCUCCGUCUACUCGUCCAUCAACAACGCCAAGAACGGCGUGCAGCUCGCAGUGGGGGCGCUCUUUGGUGCCGGCACGUUUGUGACGACGGUGGUUGUGGGCACGGUGUCCUUCUACUACCCGUUUGCCCUCACGCGUCGCCCGUUCUUGCGAGACGUCAGCACAUAUCUCAUUGCCACCACCUGGACAUAUGUCGUUCUCUGGCGCCAGGAAAUCACAACAGCCCAAGCCAUUGGCUUCUGUGCGGUGUACAUCGUGUAUGUGCUUGUGGUGAUCGUUGGCCGCCACAUUUACCAAUCGCGCAAGAAGAGGCGCAUGGAUCCCAUCGCAGAGAAAAAACGAGAAGCGCGCAAGGAGGAGCUGCGCGAGCAUCCGCAGCACGGCAGCCACCGCCACCCACACUCCCUCGCUGAGGCGUUUGACGUUGCGGAGUCGAUUGGCAUUGUUGCUGCUCUUGGACACGACAUUCAGGCCUCCCACCACACGGGCGCAACAGCACGCGUGGGCAUGAACGGCCACGAACACGCUCGCGCACGCGCACAUGAAAGAAGUGGCGGCAGCGGUGAUGAGAGCGAUGAUGAUGAGAUGUUGGAUGCACGCAUCGUUGAAACUGACAGCGACGUUGAGCACACCGCGGUCACCGCUGCUGUUGUUGCUGCCGGUGGCGUCCGCGAGGACGAACUCACGGGAUACGGAGAUGAGGAGCCGCUGUUGUCGUCGCGAACAGAUCUCGAGCCGCCACCACCGGCAUGGACGCAGUUCUUCCGCGCAAUCGUCCCGUUCACCAAGGACGACUUUAUGGAGGCAUCCAUCAUCGGCAAGGCCUACAUCGUUCUCAGCAUCCCCGUCACCAUCGCCCUGACCAUCACGACCCCCGUGGUUGACUUUGAUGAGGAGGAUGAGCGCUGGGUGCAAUACCUCACCAUGCUCCAGUGUGUCGUUGCUCCCGUCUUUGGCAUCUUUGGCACUGGAUUUGGCGACGUGACGAUCGGUGGCGUGUAUCCUGUCUGGCUCCUCGGCAUGAUGGUUGGUGGCGUCAUUGCCCUCGUCAUCUGGACAACCACCCGCGCAAGCAGACCGCCCCGCUUCCACGCGGUGUUUGGUUUUGUCGGUUUCCUUGUUGCUGUCAUCUGGAUCUACAUCGUCGCAAACGAGAUUGUCAACCUUUUGCAGACACUGGGACGCAUGUUUGGCAUCUCUGACGCCAUCCUUGGACUGACCGUGCUUGCAUGGGGCAACAGCAUCGGCGACUUUGUGUCCAAUAUGACCGUUGCACGACAGGGCUACCCACGCAUGGCUGUCGGUGCCGCGUUUGGUGGGCCCGCACUGAACAUGCUGCUUGGGAUUGGCAUUUCAUGCACCAUUGCCUGCCUACGCAACGACGGGCACUUUCCCGUCAAGGACCAGCCCAGCCACCAGUUGGCUGUGAGUGGCGGAUUCCUGCUGCUGUCACUGCUGUCAUCCAUGGUGAUCAUCCCUCUGUGCCGUUUCCACGCCAGCCGCAAGUACGGCGUGUAUCUGUGGGUACUCUACCUCUGCUAUCUCGCCAGCGCUCUUGCACUUGAGUUUACUGGGCCGUCAUGAAUAUGCACAACCACAACCAACGCAACACAUUACGCACGCACACACAUCCAUCCACAAACCACUUGUGGGGGGUUUUUUUUUUUGUUUCUCGUCAUUUUCGCACCAUGUCUCGCUCUCUCCAAACCACAUCAUCACACUACAUUACGCUCAUGCAAGCAAGCAAGCAAGCAAACAAACAUCAACGCAUACACACAAUCGCAAUCGCAACAACAACACAAAAACAACGCGGUUGCACAUGUUCGUGCCUUCUUUUCUUGUGAAAGUUUCCAAGUUUUGUUGCUCGUUUGGCACGCUGCCUGCACUGUACACUGUACGCUGCAGUCACAUGCACAAACGGUUUCACUCAGGCGUGCACUUAGUCGGUCUUGGGCUUCUUGGCGUGCUCUGCAAAGCAGAAAGCAUUUGUCGUUCAUUGCGCAUGCGUUUGGGAGUUAGGGGUGGCGAGGCAGAGAGCUGGUUGGUUGUAAGCAAACAGCGCAUGUUGCUCUGUUGUUCGAAACAUCUAUGCGCAAUAAACAUAGCACAUAAAUAAAAUGCCAGGG